AUGGGCCUUCCCCGCACACGCUCGUUACGAGAUGUCGUCCUCAUCCUUCUCGGGGCGACCACCAUGCACCUCGCCACGGUCCUCUUCCAGGAGCCGGGCUCCAUCAUUGUCAGCACGCAGGUCAGUUCACAUUUCAUGGGGGGGAUCAACGAUUCUGCCAUCUCCCACCUCAAUGUCGAAGAUUCACCGCUCGAAAAGGAGGAGGCACAGCAGCCCUUGGGCACAGUCGAGUCCGAAUCUGAUAUCAUAACUGCUGUGGACAUUGCGCACGACUUCCCAGAGACCACACUAGUCUCGCACGCACCCGGAUGGACUGUAUAUCGCAAUCUCUACAUGUUCUACGGCACCCUGUACAUUGUCUCCUCUCAGCCAAUGUCCGCCUUUCCCGACAUCAUGUUCGUGACCUCUACGGGCCUCCCGGCAGAGAAUACCCCCGAAAACAUCGCCCUCAGGAUGCCUACUGCUCGCGACAUGGAUGUCAUCACCCCGUCGCAGGCCCGCCUCCUCUGGGGCGGAGAUCCCGACAAAGCAGAGCGCAACCGCAUCUGGCCCAUCGAAGGAAACACCGUCCUCAUCAACGAGCCCUCGCAGUUUCUAGACCAUUAUUAUCAUUUUUGUGCAGAGUUCCUCCUGGGUGCUUGGUCUUUCUGGCAGAGCGCAUUCAACACGGCGGCGAGCUCCACAUCCUGGACCUCGUCGCGCGCCCCGCCCAUCGACCGCAUGAUUUUCGCGCAUGCCGACGCGAACGGCUGGCGCGACCGGCCGGGAUUCAACGCAUAUUUCCUGCGCGCGGCAUUCCCUUCGCUUGCCGUCGAGGUGCAAGAAGAUUGGCAGGACCGGAUCGCCGCGACGUCGUCGCGGGGAGGGCGCCCGCGAGCGUGGAUCUUCGACACAGUCAUGUUGACGGACCGCUCUGCUGCAUUCCGUGGGGAGGCAUGUGGCUCGCGUACGCAGCGCAUCGCGGCGGAGGCUGUCGAGCACGGGCGCAAGCUUGGUACGCUCGCGGCAGACUGGUGGGAGCCGAUACGCCGCUCGGUGUUGCGCUUUUCAGGCGUGGAUGAGAAGACACUGGCCAUUGGCUACCACGUGGAUGCACAGCGGGGGGAUCUAGUGGUGGCUGCUGCUACUGCUACGCACGACCCGAUAGUGGUGACGUACAUUAGCAGGCAAGGAUCGCGCAGACAUUUGAUUGAUGACGAUCACGCGACACUGGUUGAGGCUCUAACCUCGAUGUGCGAUGCACAUGGAUGGGAGCUGAAUGUGGUGCAGGCCGAGCGGCUGUCGAAGGAGGAACAGCUCGCCCUUGCAGCUCGCACGACCAUUAUGAUUGGUGUUCAUGGAAAUGGACUAACACACCUCAUCAUGAUGCCCGUCACACCGAUCUCGACGGUUAUUGAGAUCUUCUAUCCAACCGGCUUUGCGCACGACUACGAGUGGACCACACAUGCCCUGGGGAUGCGACACUUCGCUAUCUGGAAUGAUACAUACCAUUCAUAUCCGGAGACUGUGUGGCCUAAUUACCCGGAGGGGUUCCAAGGGACGCAGAUCCCGGUCCACGCGCCGGCGGUCACGCAGCUCAUUCAAGAUCGCAUUGCCGGGCGAUUACAAUGA